GCUCCACAGAUGGGAUUUGAUGGUCCACUGUCUGCACAGGAGCAGAUGUACAUCCUUUACCAAAUCAAACUGCAAUGUCACCAGAACCUCUCCAACAUCGACGCAGGGACGACAGAUGAUGUGUGUCCUCCAGACUGGGACGGUCUUAUCUGUUGGCCCCAAGGCUCCCCUGCACUGGUUACCAAGGUCCCCUGUCCGUCUUACAUCUACGACUUCAAUCACAAAGGUUAUGCUUACAGGAAAUGUGAUGUCAAUGGUUCCUGGGUGUUUAUCGACCGCUGGAACAAAACAUGGUCCAAUUACUCAGAGUGCCUGCGCUUCCUUCAGCCCAACGAUGAAGAAGAGAGACAAGAGUUCUUUGAGCGGCUGUAUGUCAUGUACACUGUCGGGUACGCGGUGUCCUUCAGCUCGUUGCUCGUGGCAAUCCUCAUCAUUGGGUACUUCAGGCGUCUGCACUGCACCAGAAACUACAUCCACAUGCACCUGUUUGUUUCCUUCAUGUUACGAGCGGUCAGCAUCUUUGUCAAGGACAAAGUCGUCCACUCCAGUGCUGGACUGCAAGACUUCGACUCUGCACUGUUGGACAACUUAAAAACAGUCAGCAUAGCAUCGCUGGACAAAUCUCAGUAUAUUGGGUGCAAAGUGACAGUGCUGCUCUUCAUCUAUUUUCUGGCCACCAACUACUACUGGAUCCUGGUCGAAGGCCUCUACCUUCACAGCCUCAUCUUCAUGGCCUUCCGAUCAGACUCCAUAUACCUCUGGGGCUUCACGCUGAUUGGAUGGGGUGUUCCAGCUAUUUUUGUAGCAGUGUGGGCAAUCGUCAGGGCAACUCUGGCAGACGCAAGAUGUUGGGAGUUAAGUGCUGGCAACAUUAAAUGGAUCUAUCAGGUUCCCAUUCUGACAGCUAUUGGGCUCAACUUUGUGCUGUUUGUGAACAUCGUGCGAGUGCUGGCCACCAAAAUCCGAGAGACCAACGCGGGACGAUACGACACUAGGAAACAGUACAGGAAACUGGCAAAGUCCACCCUUGUCCUAGUCCUAGUGUUUGGAAUCCACUACAUUAUCUUUGUGGGGAUGCCUCACACCUUUGAUGGACCGAGCUGGGAGGUCCGCAUGUACUGUGAGCUGUUCUUCAACUCAUUUCAGGGUUUCUUUGUGUCCAUUAUCUACUGCUAUUGCAACGGCGAGGUCCAAACUGAGAUAAAGAAAACAUGGACACGCUGGAACCUGGACUUCGAGUGGGAGGGCCCGGUGGUCUGCGGCCGCUACCGCUACGGCUCCGUGGUCGUCGGCCUCAACAACAACAACAGCACCAGCAGUCAGUCCCACCUGGCAGGGGGCGGGCCUUCCACACGCUCCACCACACUGGUUUCAAGUCAGGCCUAUCGACGCACUGGUCCACCUGUGGUCAGCCUGCACGCGACUCUCCCAGGUUACGUGAUCAGCAACUCAGACCCGUCCAUACCCGAAGAGCCCGAGGACAGUGGCCCGAAGCGCGUGGACGAUAUCUCGCUGAAGGAAAAUCUGCCCGUUCUAAAUACGAGUGCAACGGCCGAGGACGAGGACGAAACGCUGUAGCAUGGAAACAUUUUAAAGCUGUGCCAACUCAUCACGAACAACAAACAAAAGUUUGUUGUUUACAAAAAAAAUAACUGCCUUGAAUCAAAAGAAAGCGCACAAAACGCAAAAAGUUUACUUCAUAAAGGAGAUUUUAUGGGCAUUUACUUUUCCAGCUGUUACCGUGAUUGUAUUUAUUAUAAACAUCUGAGCUGAGGAUAACGGAAGAAAAAAACGUAACCAUGGGAACACAGGAACUACUGUAAUUGGUUGCUUGAUUCCACCAACCAAUCAAGUAAAAGUUUACAUUUCUGUCCACACCAAUAGAUUAUAACAUAAUAUAAUAUGUAUAUGUAGUGAAUAUUUUUAUACUUUUAAUAUAAUGCAUUAAGUUUCUCGUUGUUGUCUUAAGUGUAUGGAAUUAGUCGGAGAUCAAAAUUUGCCAAGUGUGGAGAAAAUUGGAUUGUCUGGAGAUGAUGAAAUGUGUUCUUGAACUUUUACAACAAAUGCAAAUCAGUCCGUCAAGACAGUUCACUGUAGAAUAACUAUUACAAAUGAAUGUACAACGUUUAUUUUGCCCAGACAGCCCAAAGCUACUUUUUUUUUAUUAACUUCCUUGAGAAUCCAGUUAUCCUCCUGUAAGAGGAACCAUUUCUUGGACUAUGAUUUAUGAUCUUUAUCAUUUUUGUGAAGAAACUAGGACUGGGCAAUAUAUCAAUAUUAUAUUCAUAGACAUUUCCUGCUUUUAAAGGCUGUGGU